GAGCUAAGCACACGAAAUAUAUCUCAAAUAUUGUUCCUGAAAUCGAUUCAGCUCAGCAAAAUGAACGCCUCGACGAGGAGCAGACAAAUCUGGCUGCUAUUGCUGCUGCUGGCCGUGUGCCUCGAGUGGCAGAUGGUUGUGGCGCGCACACGUGAUUUGUGCCAGGUGAAGCCCACCACGAGCAGCCUGUGCGUGCCCACCACGGUGGGCAUCUACUUUGAUGUAGAGACGCAGCGCUGCCACUUCAUGGGCUGCAGCAACAAGCGACUCUUCGGCUCGCUGGAGGACUGCGAGAAGAUCUGCAAUAAUGCGCGACACGUGAAGCUGCGCAUUAACUCGGCCAACAAAAGCAAUCAAACCACAAAUUGAAUAUAAGCUCUAGCAAUAGCA